AUGCAACAAUCAAACAAAGCCGCCAAGAGCAUGGGGCCGGCAAUACACGAGACCUCAAACACUACUGAUAAGAGAAAUGUUGACCGGGAUCAGAGAAGUCUACCGGAACAUCCCCAAAAGGGGGAGGAGAAGGCGAUGCUAAACCUUGAAGAUCUGCCAAGUGAUAAGCUUAUCAGGGAUUAA